UGACAACCAGCCAAUCCCCGCCAUGACAGUCCGGCACGUGACGUAGGGUAAGUUCCUGCUGUGGCUUAAGGGAAACAUAUCGACAUUCAGCCACGGGAGAAUCGCACUUUGCGGCCUGUGGAAGCCCCCCUCCCUGAGCGAUGGCCUCACCAGUCUCAGUCUACAACUCCAACGCCCUGGACACCCACAUCUCCAGUACCUCCAGAGAGUCCCUGAAGAUGGAGUUGUUAGCGGAUGUGUCUCUGCUGCCAGGGGAGGAAAGAAUCAUCGAUAAAGAAACCAUGUACAUCUGUCCAUUCAAUGGAGCUGUGAAAGGCAAAGUGUUGAUCACCAACUACAGACUGUACUUCAAGAGCUCAGAUGCUGAUGUGGCGGUGACGCUGGACGUUCCUCUGGGUGCCAUCAGCCGGGUGGAGAAGAUGGGCGGGGCGUCGAGCAGAGGAGAAAACUCCUACGGCUUGGAUAUCACAUGCAAGGACAUGAGGAACCUGAGGUUUGCCUUGAAGCAGGAAGGUCACAGCAGACGAGAUAUCUUCGAGCUCCUCUUCAAAUACGCCUUCCCCCUCUCACACGGUCUGCCACUGUUUGCAUACGUGACUCAGGAGAAGUACGCGGAGAACGGCUGGAGCAUCUACAAACCCGUAGAAGAGUUCAGACGCCAGGGCUUACCGAAUAACAAGUGGCGUAUCACCUUCAUCAAUAAGAAAUACGAGCUGUGUGACACCUACCCCACCGUGUUGGCCGUACCCUUUAAAAGUAAAGAGGAGGACCUGAGCAGAGUGGCUGCCUUCAGGUCCAGAGGACGCAUACCGGUUCUCUCCUGGAUCCACCGGGAGAACCAGGCCGUGAUCUGUCGCUGCAGCCAGCCUCUUGUUGGCAUGUCUGGGAAAAGAAACAAGGACGACGAGCGCUACCUGGAACUGAUCCGGGAGGCAAACGACACCCCCAAGCUCACCAUCUACGACGCUCGGCCCAGCGUCAACGCUGUGGCCAACAAGGCCACAGGAGGAGGCUACGAGGGUGACGAGUACCAGAACGCAGAGCUCGUCUUCCUGGACAUCCAGAAUAUCCACGUCAUGAGGGAAUCCCUGAAGAAACUCAAAGACAUCGUCUACCCCAAUGUGGAGGAAUCCCAUUGGCUGUCCAGUCUGGAGUCUACACACUGGCUAGAACAUGUUAAGCUGGUGUUGUCGGGAGCCAUCCAAGUAGCAGACAAGGUUUCCAGUGGGAACUCUGUGGUGAUUCACUGCAGCGACGGCUGGGACCGCACCGCACAGCUCAGCUCUCUGGCCAUGCUGAUGCUGGACAGUCACUACCGCACGCUCCGAGGAUUCCAGGUGCUGAUUGAGAAGGAAUGGAUCAGCUUUGGCCACAAGUUUGCCUCAAGGAUAGGUCACGGUGACAAGAACCAUGCAGAUCAGGACCGAUCCCCCAUCUUUGUUCAGUUCAUCGACUGCGUAUGGCAGAUGACCAAACAGUUUCCUACAGCGUUUGAGUUUAACGAGCGCCUCCUGCUGACCAUCCUGGAUCACCUCUACAGCUGCUGCUUCGGGACCUUCCUCUACAACUGCGAGAGUAUGCGAGACCAGCAAGAGGUGAGGUUGAAAACGGUGUCUCUGUGGUCCCUGGUCAACAGUAAGAUGGAGAUGUAUUUAAACCCCUUCUACACCCCUGAGUCGGGCAGGGUCCUCUACCCCGUCGCCAGCAUGCGCCACCUAGAGCUGUGGGUAACAUACUACAUCCGCUGGAACCCUCGCAUACGGCAUCAGCAGCAGAGUCCGGUGGAGCAGCGCUACAAGGAGCUGUUGGCGCUCCGAGAAGAGUACCUGAAGAAGCUGGAGGCGCUGGAGCUGUCUGACUCCUCCCCUUCCUCCCGUUUGGCUAACACCCCCAACACCCCCACCGCCUCCACACCGCCACAGCAAUACACACAACUGCAAACUCCGCUCUGAGGGCUCAUGAGACACACACACACACGCACACUCUCAAAUACACCUGUUGACUUGCACUUAUGUCCUCUUCACUCUGAUUUCUGUCAGUCUCUAACACGCGCAGGGAAUUAAUGAGAAUUGUGCAGUUCUAACUGUUGAUAACAAAGAAUGCUAAUCAGAUUUAGAUUUGAUAGGGUCGUUCUAACACCAUAGUGGUGACAAUGGUGAUUUAUGCAAUAUGUCACAGUACAGCCUUCUACACACACACACACACACACACACACACACACACACACACACACAACACACACGCACUCGCCAUACAAGGAAGCCUUAAAGACAUUCAGUGGCUUUCAGUCCAAGGGCUUGAACACACAGGACACCCAGUGGAUGCGUAACGGCUUUCACACAGGCAUUCCUCUGUACGCCCUAAUCUGAUUUGACAGAAACCGCCACACAACAAUAUUUAGGUAUACUAUCUAGUAUAGGUCCAGUCAGGAGAAAAAUACAGACAAUACGUUUUCUUGGAAACUAAAACCAGUUCAAAGUUUGGAUGUCAGAACACUGCUAGGUGUCAGCCCGGCUCCUGCCUACGUCCUGCUACGCAAGCGUUGGUGUCCUGUGUGAACACGGCGAAAUCGAGACAGACAGUUCUCACUUCUCCCACUUCUUCCUUCUUGCUGCACUGCUUCUGAGUGUCGCCUCAUCUUCCCUUAAGGAAUCGAUUAGAGCUACCACGGAGCUCACGCGGCCGAGUCGGAGGCUCUGAGCUGCAGCGGUGAACGCCACCGUAUGCGUCCAGCUAAGUGUAUAUAUCAAGUGUGUCAGAUUUGGAUGGAUUGAUGCGGAAUUUUUUGCGUAUCACCCGAGGAGGAAACCUAGAGCCGUCUGGGUCACGUGUGUUUUGCCACCGCUUUCAGCUACGCUCCCCUAAGCAGAAUUUCCCAGCUCUUCCUAAGCUACGGCGCCGAGAGCAAAUGCAGUUCUCGCCAACUGGCAGAGUUCAGUUAGACGUAAUCAGUAAUUACCUUUUUAUGAAUGCAGCUUUGAUAGGGUUUGAAAUAUAUUUUGGGUGCUCAAGAUAUUCUAGGGACAUGAAGUGGUGCUGGCCUCUGAUCCCGGAUCACCUCUUGUGCUUCUAUGUUCUCGCUAAACACAGACCGUGGAUGAAGAAACCAGCCUGGUCCAUGAUAGCCUUACCAUGCCACGCCAAGAUGAUUGGAACCAGCACACCGUUUUAUGGACAGUGAGCAGAAAUCAACCAGUUAGCUACUACUUAGCUACUGUUAGCUAUUACUUCCUCUGAAGUACACUAUUUGUAAUUCUGAUAUUCUUUCCAUCCCACCACUGAAAAGUCCCAUGUGAAAAUGCAUGUGAUCUCAUAGCACAUGUGCCUUUUGGACAGGUGUUUUCUCCCCCUCAUUGUAAUUGGAUAUCAUGUAGGUCAGUUUUUACAUACAAAGGAAAGUUUUAGGCAAUAAAUAGUCUAUUUUUCAGUUAUCUAAUUGGUUUACUUACUUUGGACUUGUUUACGACUACUAGCUUGGUUGUCUGAUGUUUCUGCCCAAUUACACUCCAGAUUACAGCUUUAUGUAGCAAACGGGCUGUUGAUGUCUCCAAAAAACAUGUAAUUAUAACUAUAGGAAUGAUGGGGAAAGCUAUUAAGAAAUAAGGUGAAGUUAUGGGAAUUAAUCUUGAUUUUAUGUGGAAGUAGCAAAUAAAAAUGUAAAUUUCACAUUGGAAAUUCUAUGGAAGACAAUGUUUGCCAAAACAAAUUUGGUCAAUUGUUGAGGAAUGUCAAAAAUAUAAAAAUUAUUUAUAUGUCAAAAUGAUAGGGUACUAGGUUUAAAUGAUGACAUUAAGUCAAAGUUAUAAGAUUUAGUUUUUUAUGUGAAUAGUUUUUUUUUUUU